AUGAGGAACAUCUGCAGAGCGCUAUCCUUUGGACUCCUGCUGGCACAUAGGGCAAUGACCGUGCAUGCAGAAGGCCGCAACCUACGCCGUCGAACUUCCAGUUGCAACGAAGAACAAGAUGCUGACGGGUUGACGCUCGAGCUCCCCGAACUCAUGGUUGACAAUAUUGCAGACGUAGAACAGCUGGUUGGCCUCACCACCGAGGCUGGAGCCUUCAAACAUCCAUCCAAUCCUGGUUUUGACGCAUUUCAAGUGUUUUCCGAUAUCAACGAUGCUGCAAUCGUUGCACGACGAGGCAACUCUUGCUUUGCAGUGUUUCGGGCAACAACCUUUGUCAAUCCAUUCGAUAUCAUGCAGCUAUACGACUGGUCCAAGAGGUCUAUUGGCAGCUGCACGGUUCGGGGCGGUAUCUACAAAGCAUACCAACGGUCAUCCUACUCUGAGGACUUUGUUGUGGCUGUAGAUGAGUGCAUGGCCUCGGGAGACAACAACUUUUUUCUGGCUGGACAUUCACAAGGAGGAGCAAUCGCAACGGUGGCAUCAAUAGACUUGAAACGGCACAAUCCAAUGGUGAUUACCUUUGGUGCGGUCCGAUCAAUCCUGGGCGGAGCUGAUUGCAGUGAUGUGAACCCGGAAAGACACUUUCGGUUUGUCAACGCGGCAGACAACAACUACGACUUUUGGCCUGCCCAAUUCAAUCGCGACAACCAAGCGCAUGUGGGACACGCAAUCCUUUUGGACCCGCAGGCAACGCAGCCGGCAGCCUACGUUGGCCUCAAUGACAACACCAACAGAUCUCCUCAAGAUCGUGUGCACCACCUCCCAGUGCUAGUCAAACACCUCAAAGACUACGACAGCCGAGCCAGAGCCCAAGUGAAAGUCCAAGUAUAA